AGUGUGAUAUAUGAGUGGUGUGACAGAGCUGUAGUCAGACGCUGCCACAGCUGCAGCUUCUCCUCCUCCUCUCUCUGAGGAUGGAGGCCCAGGACGGAGCAGAGCUCUGCUUUCCACAGCUCCUCAACGCCUCCUGCUGGAAGCCAAAGCGCCAUCAGUCUGACGCUGUGCUGCUCUAUCUGCUGUUCUUCAUCUCUGCGCUCACUGUGGUUCUCAACCUGCUGGUCAUCAUCUCAGUCUCCCACUUCAGGCAGAGAUCAACUUCUCAGCACACUUUACAGCAGCUCAUGGUUUUAUUAGUGUGACCACAAUAGGCAGAAGUUUUACUUUACUGAAUAGUGUCACAUCUUGACACCAGCUGCAUCUUCUGCUUUGCUGACACAGCUUUUUAACAUUACAGCCAGUUGAAGGUCGUAUCACUCUGCAUGAAUGAUAUUACAUUACGUGCUUUUGUGUCCCUGCAGGCAGCUCCACACACCCACCAACCUGCUGCUCCUCUCUCUGGCUGUGUCUGACUUCCUUAUGGGUCUUGUGGUGACACCGUUGCAGGUUUAUAGAAGAAUAUCCUGUUGGUAUCUUGGAAAUCACAUAUGUUUUCUUCAGGGUUAUGUGACCUUCUCCAUCAUCUCUGCCUCAAUAGCGGGCAUGGUUCUGAUAUCAGCUGAUCGCUAUGCAGCUAUUUGUGACCCUCUGCAUUAUUCCACCAGAGUCACUGUGAGCAGAGUUAAAAAGUGUGUUUGUUUGUGUUGGUUUUGUGCUUUUACAUAUAAUAUAAUACUUUUUAGGGAGGAGUUAAUUAAACCAGGUCUUUAUAAUUCAUGUUAUGGGAUGUGUGUGGUUUACAUUGACCGCAUCAUGUCAUAUGUUGAUGUUGCUCUGACCUUUGUUGUUCCAUUUUCCUCCAUCAUAUUUCUGUAUAUGAGAGUGUUUCUGACAGCAGUGUCUCAGGCUCGUGCCAUGCGCUCUCACGUUGCAGCCGUCACCCUCCAUCAUUCAGGGACUAAAAGGUCUGAGUUAAAGGCAGCCAGGACGCUUGGUGUUGUUGUGGCUUGGUUCUUAAUAUGUUUCCUUCCAUAUUACCUUCUUACCCUAAUACCAUAUACUUUACCGGCAGUGUUUAGUUUAUUUCUGUUGUGUCUGAGCCCCUUUCUGAACCCUGUGAUCUACGCCUUGUUCUACCCCUGGUUCAGAAAGGCUCUGAGGCUCAUUUUCUCUCUCCAGAUUCUGCAGCCUGGCUCCUGUGAGACCAACAUGCUGUAAUUAGACACUGCAGUUUGUUUAAGUAAAGUAGAGACAUCUUGGUUUUCGUACCUAUCUCUGAUGAACAAAACCUGUGGCU